UUUGUGACAGUGUUAGUGUAAGUAAGAAGUGUUUAAUAUUUCUGAUAUCGAGCGUGCGACCAAAAGAAAAUGUUGCAUCAGCCGGUAGGUCAGAAGCGAUUGACGAACACCGCCAUCGUACGGUUGAAGACGCACGGGUGCAAAUUCGAAAUCGCCUGCUUUAAGAACAAAGUGGGGAAUUGGCGGGAUGGAUUGGAGAAGGACAUUGAUGAAGUACUCACUUCCACGCGAAUCUUUUCGAACGUUUCGCAGGGCGUGCUUGCGAAGUCCGAAGACCUUCAGAAAGCCUUCGGAUCCACCGCCUCGGAGCUGGACAUCUGCAAGCGGAUUCUGGAAAAGGGAGAAUUCCAAGUAAGCGAUAAGGAGCGCGCACAGGCGUUGGAAAGCUUGUACAAAGAGACCUACACGAUUAUCACGCGGCGAUGCGUGAAUCCCGACACGAAGCGGCCACUCACGAUGGGGAUGGCCGAGGCCGCCGUCAAGCAGGCGGGCUACGUGAUGAAGCCGAACCUUGGCGCGAAACGUCAGGCCCUGAAGGCUAUUGCGAAAAUUUGCACGGAGCUGCCCAAUCUGGUGGCGAAAGCACAAAUGCGCAUUUGCGCUCGGUGUCCAGCCGAAGCGGUGACGGAAACCCGUCGUCGCAUCGACGAGAUUUGCGGAGGAGAGGGGAUUACGGUAGAAGAGGAGAAAGUCGUCGACGGUGGCGACUUUUGCGAGAUCGUUUUUCAGUGUGACCCUUUUUUCUUCCGCGACCUCGACAAAGCGAUGGAGGUUCGAUUGUUGGACGCGACCGUGAUCCGAGAUAACGAAAGCAAUCUAGACGACUACGAGCAACAACUGCAAGGCGGCAAGCAGCUCUUGUACGGUGACUUGGAUCAUGACCUAGGCGACGACGAAGUCGAGCAGGUUGGACGCUUUCCUCCCUCUUCUGUCGCGACGUCUUGUGCUCCUCUCACGAAGGACAAGCUACAAGGCUAUCGGCCCGGUCAAGUGUAUGUGCCGAGCAAACUACCCGAGCAGGACCAGAGCAAAAACAUGAAGCCCACGCAGCUGAAGACGGAUUCGUACACCCCUUCAUCAUUACCAUUCCGAGCGGCCGACCCUUUCGCGAGUCCACAAAGCAGCGAUGGGGGUAGUUCGUACCACUUGUUGCAGGGCACAACUCCCAAUAGCCACGCGGACUGGCUGCUAGUUCCAGAUCCGGACGCGGCGACGGUACAGACCGAAGUGCGCGGCGGAGCUGCUCCUUCUGUUUUGGCACGGGGUCCCGUGGAGCAAAAUCACACAGAGCCCUUGCAAACCUCCGCUUCCUGCACGACUUGUGGGCCCUACGAAGACGACAGCCUGCGGGCACACAUGAAGAGCGCACUGCAUCAAGAGAAUGUGCGGCGGAGAUGCAACGGACAACCGGUUCUGACUCAGCAAGAAUACAAAGAGUAUCUCCUGGACAUGGAGUUUUUGAACCAGCGCACCACCGGAGGGCGAGAGAAAAAAGGAAAAAAGAACCGCAAGGAUUAG